AUGGAGAGACGAAAGGGAAGAGAAAAUAAGAAAGGAGAUGGUGAGAUGGGAGGGAGGGAGAGAAAGGAAGGGAACAGAUUGAGGGAAGAGGAGAGACUGGGAGGAAAUGGGCGAGUGUUGGAGGGAGGCAAGGGAAGAGAAGAGGAAGGAGAGGGAGGGGAGAGAUUGAGGAAAGAAGGGAAAGGAAGGGCAGAGACUGGGAACAAAUGGGCGAGUGGUGGAGGGAAGAAAGGGAAGAGACAUGGAGGAGGUAGAGCCGACCACAACGCGCUCUUCGAGCCGGCAGAUCGAGAGCUCAGAGGCGAGAAAAGGAAUACGCGGGGGCCAUGGGCAGCGCCUUCGUGGGAAGAUCUCAAAACUGCGAUGGCAGAGAUCUCAGGCUGUACAAAACUUUUAUAUAUGAAAGGAACCAAUGAGUUAACUACUGUUCCACAGAGAACAGAAAAGAUACAGAACGAUAUGAUCGGUUCUUUAUUUAAACACCCGAAGGAGUUGAGGAAAGCAUUGCAGCGACUUCACUUGGUCGCCCUCAUUGAAAUCCACCAUCUCGUGACUUGCCCGCUCAAUGCCAGCUGCUCCGAACGAGAACAACCGUUGGGGACCUCUAGCGCGGAGCUCUCCCCCGCGCCCGCCGCCCCCAAGAAGACCGUCAUCCAGGCGUCCACGUCCGAGCUGCUCAAGUGCCUGGGCAUCUACCUGCACACCAAGUGCUACCGCCUCAAGGACUUCCAGGCCGGAGACGCCGUCAUGUGGCUGCGCACCGUCGACCGCAGUCUGCUGCUGCAGGGGUGGCAGGACGUGGCGUUCAUCAACCCGGCCAACGUGGUGUUCGUGUACAUGCUGGUGCGCGAGCUGGUGCAGGACGAGGAGCUGCGCUGCGAGCAGGAGCUGCAGGCGGUGGUGCUCACCUGCCUCUACCUCUCCUACUCCUACAUGGGCAACGAGAUCUCCUACCCGCUCAAGCCCUUCCUCGUCGAGGACGACAAGGACAAGUUCUGGGACCGCUGCCUGCUCAUCGUGAACCGCCUCAGCCGCAACAUGCUGCGCAUCAACGCCGAGCCGGGCUUCUUCACGGAGAUAUUCACCGAGCUCAAGGCGUGCGGUGCCAACGCGACGGUGGCGCCUCCCGCGCGGCGGCGGCGGCGGCAGCGCCGACGCCCGCGCCGGCGCCGCGCCGCCCCCCGCGACUGCCCCGCACCCGCGCGCCCGCGGCCCGUCGCCGGCCCGGCCGCCCCCGGCCCGCCCGCCGCCCCCGCACCCUCCCCCCGCCCCCGGCCACCCCCAGCGACAGCUUGA